AUGAUACUGUGGAAGUUGGGACCAUCCCUGACAAAUCUUGACGUGACGCUAUCGACCAAAUUGGCAGAAAUUGAGAAAUUGCUUAGUGAACUGGGAAUGGUGAAAUUGGUGGAGCAUGAGGAGGGGUUGCCGGAAUGGGUGGUCCACAACCAUGGGCCCCAUUACCGACCUCCAAAAUUUGGAGGAGGAAGCAAACUGCAUUUCUCUAUUGUGUUGAUAGCAGAAGUAUCUGAGGCAGACAGUGAGGAAUCAGAUAUAAGUGGUUCUGAUGGGGAUGACACUUGUUGGAUAUCGUGGUUUUGCAAUCUUCGUGGGAAUGAGUUCUUCUGUGAGGUUGACGAUGAUUACAUCCAAGAUGACUUUAACCUCUGCAGUUUAAGCAGUCAAAUUCCUUAUUAUGACUAUGCACUUGAUCUAAUUCUAGAUGUUGAAUCCUCACUUGGUGAUUCAUUUACAGAGGAGCAGAAUGAAUUGGUUGAAUCUGCAGCCGAGAUGCUUUAUGGUCUAAUACAUGUCCGUUACAUAUUAACAACUAAAGGAUUGGCUGCUAUGCUAGAGAAGUACAAGAAUGCUGAGUUUGGGAGAUGCCCAAAAGUAUACUGUUGUGGGCAACCCUGCCUACCUAUUGGUGAAUCGGACAUUCCCCGUUUAAGCACUGUGAAAAUAUAUUGUCCGAAAUGUGAAGAUAUUUACACUCCUCGAUCCAGGUUCCAAGAGAGCAUUGAUGGAGCCUAUUUUGGAACAACAUUUCCCCACCUAUUUCUGAUGACUUAUGGACACCUUAAGCCACAGAAGUCUUCACAGAGCUAUGCUCCUAGAGUGUUCGGGUUCAAGAUCCACAAGCCAUGAUGCUUAAGUCACGAGAAGCAAUUCAGGUCUGAAGUUUAAAGUUAUUAUUUCUUUAGAACUUCUUUUACGAGCAUGUAAGGUACAUUUCUUGUUUAUGGUAGAGAGUAAAGCUCUUGGCAGUCAAAUUAUUUGCCAAGGCCCACAGUACAUUACUUUUUAUUUAAUGUGGUGUAUCUCGAAUCUAGAUUAAUAAUUUCAGAUUAUUUCUUGA